AUGGGCUUCCUCGCGCGUCUAGUGACAUUAUUCGGCCUAGUAUUACUCACCCACGCAGGAUAUUCCGCCCACGAACACACCGUGCUCAUCUCCGCCUCCGCUGUCACCGACAUCCCGCAGGAUAUUAUCAUCGAGACACUGGUAGCUGUGCUCAUAGUUUCAGUGGGAUUAGUGCUGGGUGCAGAAAAGCUGAAGCCAGUCAGCUGGCGCGAUUGGGCUGGUGAAAUUGAGAAGGAGGGCGGCGCGCGGAAUCCUUAUAUGCCUCUAGAGGAGCGAUAUGCGUUUUGGGAUAUUCGGGCGAAGCGAAAGGAAUUUGCCGAUUGGAUUCGGGCUGAUGAUGCACUUCUUAAGCAGUGA